AUGAACAGACUCACCUCAGGCAUAUUCGAAAUCUUCCUCGUUCUCCUCACAGCAGCCUCAUUCAACCUGGUGAUGACUCCACCCCAUGCCGCCGUCCCAAAGGAUCAGCUUGCGAAGCAGACCCUGACAGAUAAGACUGCUAGACAGCAAGCACUCUUGCAGAGGGUAAUCUUCGUUGGUGGUGUCUCGUUGUUGCAUGUCGCAACAUUGGUGGCCUCUUUCGGAAGCACCGAAGGGCAUGCCACCCACACCAUCCCAAACAUGUUCAUCGUUGCCACCGCCAUCUGCCUGGCAUGCGCAUCCCUUCGAUUCUGGGCGUUCGCAACGCUGGGACAAUUCUUUGAUUUCCAACUUACAAUCCAAGCAGACCACAAGCUCAUCACGGAAGGACCUUACUCGUAUGUCCGACAUCCCAGCUACACUGGGCUGUUCUUGAUGUAUAUUGGGAUCGUGAUGGAGUUGUUCUCUCCGGGGCAUUGGCUAAGGGAUUGCGGACUUCAGAGUGAAAUAGGGCGAGGGGUGUGUUGCUUAUGGGGUUUACAAGCCACUGUCCUGCUUUCUGGGCUCUGGAAACGGUUGGACAUGGAGGACGAAAUACUCAGGCGUAGGUUUGGGAAGGAUUGGUACGAAUGGGCUCGCCGGGUACCAUCCCGUUUAAUACCAGGAAUCUACUAG